AUGACUCCUCCGGUAGCCUCUUUCUCUUCCCUCCUUCCUGCUAUUUCCCUCCUCCUUGUGCACAUUAGUCCUGUGUCUGGUACAGAAGCACAUAUCCAAAUCCACAGAAGUGGGAUCAUCCAUCCUCCUGUGGACAAAUCGCUCCUUGCUAUUCAAGUUGGAAGCAUCGUCGCUUCAUACGUGAUCUUUGUUGCUAUCCUCUUAGGUCUUGUGUUGUUUGUUGGACGACGACUGCGUCGAACUGUCCAGUCAUCCAACUUCUCACUGCAGAUGGAGAUGCUAAAUCCUGUGAAACCACCUGUUUCUAUGGACCCAAGCCCCAUUACUCCCAUCACGCAGAAUCUUCCUAGCCCAAGCAAGUCGAGUAUCUUUACCUCUUGGGGUAGUAUUCCUAGAGGAAGCCGCCCUUCCCACGCAUCUAUGAACGGCAGUAUGGUUACCGUUGAUGAAUCAGUGAUUGCCUCUGACCGGCAAAGGGCCGACGACGAGAUGGAGAGGCUAUAUGCAGCUGUCAUGGAACAUGAUGCUCAGAAGGCUGCAGGUGUCAAUGUUUCUUCCGUGAGACACUCGGAUUCACAGACUGGAUCCCCAGAUAGCCAGUACACCAAUCCAUUUACCGACCGUGCAGCUUCACAAGUUUCUGUGGCAGCAGCGCCUCCCGUUCCACCAAAAUCCCCAAGACAUACAAACCGUCUGUCCAAGCUGUUUAGCUCAAAAUUGGCAACACCUUCCAACCCAGAUGCUGGAAGACUCAAGUCACCUAGGCUGCCUAUGCCUAUUCGCAAGCUUGGCAUCUCGUCUCCUUUGGCAUCGCCCGAUGUACAUGCAAGCUCAUCGUAUGCAAAUGAUCAACAGCCUCUCUCACCAAGGCUCUAUAUCCCAGGCCCCCCUCCUAGUGCCCCAAAUGCCCCAGGCUCUUCUUUUGCUCCCCGGCAGGGUAUUCCACUUGGUCAAGUCAUGUCUCCAAGGAUUCGUACACGAGUUCCUCCAGCUCCCCUUACUCUGACUACUACUACUCCCACUACCGCAUCGCCCUCUCAGCCCAAGUCAUCAUCAUUGCCGUUCCGUGAUGCCUAUCCUCAACAGAGUGCGCCGGCAACAAAGACGACCUUCCUGGAGCGACCUGUUAAGCGCAAUGGGCCGGUCACGGGCAUGCCUACUCCUUAUACCCCGUAUAUGCCCUUUACUCCUGUGACCCCAUUCACACCCGGAAGAACAGUGACAAGACGCCAAAGAAAGCGCGAAGAGAAGGGUAAUGGUCUUCGAGUCUUGCAUGAGGAUGACUUAGUCAAAGACGAGGGCGAUAUGUGGGGUUAA